AUGGCAAGCACAAUGUACGAGAUCCUCAAUGACAACAAUGAUGGAAAAGGACGUUCAGAUACUUGGGACCCGUUAACAAUGCACAUUUGUUGUUUUUGUCACAAACUCGCCUUGAUCGUUAACGCGGGCCUGGAAGCUUUGUCACUCAAGACCCUUCCACCUGGAAAGACGAAGGAAUCAGUAUUGGGAUUCUUCCCCGUACUCCAUCGGGUGACCAAGGAAGACAAACCAGAAGAGUUUCCCGUUCAAGGCAACAAUAGAUCGACAGUCAAUAUGGAACAACAAAUCCCUGGUUCAAAUCUGGAGAUCGAUGAUGAUGGACGUUCAGCGGACGAUGACUAUAAUGGUUCGGACGAAAACUCAGAAAUUGAAGAAGAGUCUUCAUCUGAAGAUGACACUCAGAAGAAGACAACAGUGCCAGCAGUCAUUAAUCCCACGUCUCAACAAAAACAUACCAAGACCUUGCGGCUUAACACUACAAACAAUACCAGUUUCGCCCCAGGAAAAAAUGGCAAUUUGAGUGGUGGAAAAUUGUUCAAUUUCCUGAGGCUUUUUUUACAAAAUGCCUCAGGAGUAAAAAUCAGGCUAAAAUGA